AUCCUAGCAGCAUUAAGACGUUGAAUCUGGAAUUUUUACAACACUGGGCAAUCGAAGCACCGCAUGCGGAGUGACACUCGCUGCAAAUGAUUGUUCACCGUUAUUUGCAUCUGCGAUAGCGAUGUCCUCGCCUUUUGUACUAUUGCAACCAGGCGAGAGAAAUCGGGAUGAGGCCUGGGCGGGAAGCGAUCUCAUGGAGUAUUUUCAGCUCAUGAGACUUUACAAGUUCUCGCAAACAGCUCUUGUGCCGACAAAUUAUUUAAAAGGAGUUCCUGGCGACACCACGCUUUGGAGGAGUCAGGGAACAGACAUAGCUCAACUAGCUGACAGCUACCCAUCAGCACAGAGGCCUUCCCUGGAGCCCUUCACUGCGCAUGUUCUGGAGAGUACAUUUCAGCUACAACCAGGAAAAUUUGCUUUGUCAGAGGUUGACAAGGGGAUACCAGUCGCUGUUGGCACAGUGCAAGCGAAGGCUCCUGAGAAAGAAGUGAAACGGGAGAAGAAGAAGGAGAAGCAAGGACAGAAGAGGAAACAGGAUGCCCGAUGACAUUGUGCUAUAAUAUUGACUUGCCGCAUGAAUCAUACUCUUACAGAACGUUCUGAACCCUCCAAGAAAAUUAUACUUUGGCAAGUGAGCUGCCAGCAGCCUUGGACAAUAUACUGGAAAUUGCUACCAACUAAUCGUUACUCUGCCAUGUGUUUCUUCCAAACACUGCCUGGCAGGCAGCAUUUGCUGUACAACCGCACCAGAAUUGAAUACUGAGGAUCUUCAAAAGUUGUUACAAUAAUCAUACAUGUAC